GGUCGUCUUUCUCAGUGUCAGGGCGAAGUAACUCUACAACAAGUUAUUAAAAUUUGCACUCUCCAUUCAUAGAAAGUUCAUGUAGGCGUAAUCAUCAGAUUUCGGGUGCAACAUUUCCUGUAAUAGGUUUUCAUAUGUUUGUUUUUCAUUUUACACCAUUCACCGGGCCAGCGUCUUUUUUCUCUUUCUCUCGUUCUGUAUUUUAGAUACCGGAACAGUGCCCGAGUCAACGCCCGAAAUGCUUUAUCUGCAUGUUUUUGCCCUUCCAACUAGCCUCACAGUACCGCAUACAUGAACAGCGUCUGCUUCGAACGUGAAUAAGUUGACAAACUUUGUUGAUACGUUUACGAGCUUAAGUGACAAAUCUAAGGGUUGAUAAGGCCAAAUUUGACAAACAAGUUUGAUCGUUUACGACGGUCUUACCAGGCUGAAUAUUUGCUGUUCGUAAGAAAUGGGCUGUUGUUUCAGUCGGGACUCCAGCAAUGAGGAAGUCACCAUACCUCAUAGACCACAGGCCACCAACAGUUUUCAACCAUAUGCAGCCACGAACUAUGAUAUAACUGUGUCACUACCCUCUGUACGAGCAAACAGCAGCGGUUUCCACCAUGCACCAACUUCCAUAAACAAUUCUAGACUGGCAAGAUCACAGCAGACCAAUCAAGAACCCAUUAGACCUAAGAGACCAAAAACAUACUUUGAGGGAAACAACCAGUUUCAACCCUCUGUAACCAGUACCAACAAUAUAACUGUAUCACCAUCUUUACAAGCACAUAACAGCAAUUCCUACUAUGCACCAACUUCCACAAGACAUUCUAGAGUGACAAAUACACAGUGCAUUGUUAGUAGAGGUUACCCAAGUCAUUCUCUAAUCAGAACUGUUGAAUCUAGAUUACACAAAUCAGUCUUGAAAUUAACUAUUGGGUGGGAUCAUAUGAAUGCUAGCUCAGAGUUUGAGCUGCAGUUGUUGCUCUCUGACACUACUGAAUAUAAGGAAAUAUUGUGGUUAUUCAAGAAGACCACACAGAAGCAGUUCAUGGUUGAGAAAAUUUAUAGGGUCCAGAAUCCUUAUUUGUUGGGGUGCUACUUGCUCAAGAAAGAAGAAAUACAAUCAAGAUAUGGUUCUGUUGCUGAGGAGUAUUUAUUUCAUGGUACCAAAGAGGAAAACAAAGACAACAUUUGCAGAAAUAAUUUUGACUGGAGGAAACAUGGCAAAUCGGUAGGCAACAUAUUUGGACAAGGUGUUUCAUUUACUCCUAUUUCUUGCUAUGCUAGUCAUUAUUCAGACAGCUGCAACACACAACGAAUGAUGAUAGUGUCAAAGGUUCUAAUUGCAAAGGAAACUGUUGGUAAUAAGUAUAUGAAAAUACCACCUGAAUUUGAUUAUAUGCAGUGUCUUAGAUAUGACACUGCUACUAAAGAAAAUCGCCAUGUUAUUGUGAAAUUCUCUGACAACGAGUUCUAUCCUACAUAUGUUAUAUAUUAUACAGGACAGUAUGAGAAAAAGGAACAGAAGCCAAUAAGAUUUUAAUUUGUCAUACAUUUUUGUGUAAGGAACAAUAUUUCUCA